AUGGCCCGUCUCAACACAAAUGCACCGACCGCUCGCAGCGCCCCCCGACCGCACAAAGCUAUGGCAAAUGAACAACUGGGAUUUGAUCCCCUGGCAAACGGAAAUACCCCAGCAUUGUCGCGCAAGGAUAGCACCACUCGCACCAAAGGCUCCUCACAGAAUUCCAAGAUCGGACCGGGCUUAGCCUUCGACAUUUUCCCAGACGACGACGACCAAAUACGAGGCGAUAAGACAUCGAGCCACAGUCAAUAUACCCCAUCAGGAUCUCCAACAAAGCAGAAGAAGAAGCGAACGUUGAACACUUCACAAGUCAACUCCCUCCUGCUCCCGCUGCAGCAAAGACCACGCCAAAGGCCAAACGUGAAAGUGGAACAAGAUGACUACGACAAGGAAAAUGAUAUAACGGGAGACGCAACGGAGCCAUAUACACCUGAAAGAAGUCCCGUUCCGCAACGAUCAUCAACAACACGAAACACAACACGCACUCCCGCGAGAAAUCGAGAACUCAAUAGGUCUUUGAGCCACAGGGAACAUAUAAACAAAGAUGAAGACAGCUGUGGGGACAAUGGCUUUGAAUCACUGGACGAAUUUGUAGUCAGUGACAAUGAUGAAGUCAGCUACCAUGAGACCUCCGAUCCUGAAACAGAGGAGGAAAAAGCCCCAACGCCAGCUGCGCCACCAAAGUCUGCACGGAAGAAACUCAUGAGAGGAAGAAGGCCAAACACUGAAGCAGAAGUGGAAUCUGCGAAGAAUCCAGAACCCAAAUCUGAACUCAACCUAAAACCCAACGACCCCAGGACAAUAAAAACGCCCACAAAGUCUAGACAUAACACUCAGAAAUUGUCUCACGGCGACUUUGAUCUAUCAACGCAUUUUAGAACACUUGAACUUGAUGAUGACAAUGGACCUGCCUCUCAGCUAGAGACAGAUCUGACACAAUCUGUCAUCGAAAUGAGCCCCCCAAUAGAAGACAUAUAUAGAGUGAAGAAGAACACCCACACACCACCUUCUACCCCAUCACAAAACCGUCUGCGCUCCCCCACGAAGCAGAAAACGCGCAUCCCACCAACCCCACACAGGGAGAAUGUCGAUGCCUUUUGGAGCCAAGAGGAGACCAUCGCAUGGAUCGAUCAGCAUUCACCAGAGAAGCCUCUAGGGCGAACAGUGAUUGAGCUGCUUCAGGAUUUCGAUGAUUCCGAAACCGAUGACACUGGCCGUGACUCUACUUCCAGCGUUGAGCCGAGAUCCACACCGACAGUGAUGCAAAAGCAGCCCAAGACCCCCAGCAAGACAGCCCUUAAAAAGGCAGAGGCAGAGAAGAACAGAGCAGUGAAGGCUCGUCGUUUGUCAUUCAACAACAAAAAGGACGACUUCGCACAGACUUUCCUGACUGUCCUCGACAAUGCAGUUGCGGAGGGCAAGGUCUGCCAAAUGGCCAUUGUUACUGGCGGUGUAAAAAUCACCUGGUCGAAGACGCUCCAGAAGACCGCAGGCCGGGCUCAAUGGAGAGGGGAGCGAAUUCGCGACAAGGACGGCCAUGUCAGCUACAAACACCAUGCCUCUAUCGAGCUAGCCGAGCGCAUCAUCGACGACGAAUAUCGCCUGAUCAAUACCCUUGCCCACGAAUACUGUCAUCUUGCCAAUUACAUGGUCUCCAAUGUCCGCGACCAACCCCACGGCGCAAGCUUCAAGCAAUGGGGUCUGAAAUGCCAAGAAGCCUUGAGAGAUCACCCAGUCUACGGCGGACGGAUCAAUGUUACAACAAAACAUUCUUAUAAGAUCGACUACAAGUAUGUUUGGGCCUGCGUGGGAUGCCGCCAGACGUAUGGUCGCCAUUCGAAAAGUAUCGACCCCAACCGAAGCCGCUGUGGCAGCCCGAGCUGCAGCGGUCGACUGGAACAGAUCAAACCGAAGCCUCGGAAUGUAUCGCCGAAGAAGAACGCUGCUACGCCGGCGACACAACGAAAUGUCAUGGACAAUGUUGCCAAGGAGCUUGGGGGAUUUACCUUGUAA